AAGUGUUUGCGUAUGUUUUUGAUUUUUCAACUCAUAUUCACCAUUUGCAUUAUUUCUUACAUAUGAUUUCUAUUUGCUUGUUGUCGUGUUUAUUUAAGCAACAGACAUUAUCGAACAUAAACCAAAGAUUCAUAACUCCAUAACCCAAAGAUCUUUUAUUCUAUGCUACCAAUGUUCGCAUACGUGGACCCUAUUGCAUUUUAGCAUUGAGAGACAAAAUGUGACAGAUCCUUGCGAAUGACUCUUAAAAGUUCUUAUUCAGUUGUGUGGUCGUCUAUCUUCUGUGUUCCGUUAUCGUUCUGAUCGUACCGAACUGUCCUUCACUAAAACACCACCAUUUGGAGUGCCAAAAAGAUCGUGAACCGUGUAAGCAAUAACCCGUAGAAAACAAGUGCCGACAAAUGUAUGUGUAGCGUGUAGAAUAAGCAAGUGUGUAGUAAUAGGUCGGAAACGGCUCUCGAAAAUGUCGUCAUUGCACAAACGCCGAUCGGCACUACCGAAGAGCACUCCCGUUCGUCGAGGCCUUUUUGCAGAAGAUCACACGGUGAACGAGGAUGACGAGGAAGAGAAUCGAGAGGACAGAACUCGGCGUCGAAGUAUAGCAACUUCUGGCGAGGUGCAGGAUGGCGGUGGAUAUGCAGAGAUCAUGUCGGCCAUCCUAGCUACAGCCCGGCAUGACGAGAUUGAGCGUUGUAACGUGCGUAACAGUGCCAACCUGCCGCAGUUGCAUACGAAGGCGGAAUACCCAGAGUCAGUGUCUGCGAAAGAACAGGAAAUGACACCCUGCGUGACUCCACAGUCUGACGGAGUUCAGUUGCCACCGGACACAACUGGCCUGGAUCACAAGUUUAACCGGUUGCUGACGGAAGUAAACGGUAUACGUGAUCAGCUUGGUGGCCGUCUCGAAUCGAUCAAUCGUCGGCUGACACAGACGAGUCAGCUUUACCAGAACCACCAGGACUAUGGCCACCGGUUGACGAAGGCAGGUGAUCUGCUGCUGAUCGGCAUUCCACGCCGUGAACCCGAAGACUUGCGGGAGUGUUAUGUGCGUAUUGCUCGACGUUUAGGUUUCGCCGAGAGCGAGAUUCCUAUGGUUCACAUCAGGAGACUGGCGGUAACCGGCAGUUCGCCCCUGGGGUCCCGAUCCACCACAUCAUCAUCAUUGCCAACGACACAGUACAGUCCUGCCGUACUCGACAACUUACCCACCUCUGCUGCCGCUUCUCUCGCCACUAGACGCCACACUCCUCUAUCACGGGCAUCCGGACUGCCCGACACAAACUGCACCAUGGCUCCGGUGCACGUGCAGUUCGUGUUUCGAAAUGCACGCAACGAGUUCUAUCGACGGUACCUGGAGUAUGGGACCGGAGCUGGCAAGAUCCUGUGCCUGCGGGACAUCGGUUACGAAGGUUCGGGCCGCAUCUACAUCAACGAGGAUCUUACGCGCUGUAACGUCAGCUUAAAGGCGGAAGCGAUGCGCUUGAAGCGUGACGGCAAGAUCAAAAGCGUCUUCACCGUAAACGGUCAGAUCUAUGUAAAGCGCACCAUCGAUCAUCGGCCAGAACUGAUCACCAGCAGCGUCGAUCUGUUGCUACUCGAUGACAGCAAGAUGAAGGCAAACAAAGAUUGCUAUCCGCGGGUACUGGAGCACAUCAUCAGCACACAGCCGCCGCAGGUGCUGUGUCGGGACUACAAGGAGAUCCUCGGCACCCUCGACAUCAUCUCUACCGAUCCAGAUGAGUCCGUACGAUUGUAUUUGGCCUGCUGGCUACACAAGUACUGUGCGAGCUGGUUCGAGCGCGAUCAGGACCAGCAGAGCAUCUUCAGCAAAGCGUUCCCGGAGAAGAUCCUGCAGAUCAUCGUCCGUUACCUAACAGAUGAGCCAAACGUUCGUUCUGCGACGUUUGAAUCGUUGACGUUUCUGAUCGAGAAAGGCUACCUGGACCGGGCGACGACGAUCAAGCUGAAUAUCGUAGAGGAGCUGGUCAGCAAACCGAUCAAUGAAUCGUUUAUGGACAUGUGCACCAACUACAUCCACCUGAUGGUCAAAAUUGCCCCACUCGUAGGAAGCGCCAAGACGCAGGAACUCCUGUAUACCCGUUUCGUUAAGAUGUGUACCUGCAAGAUUAACUUCGUGCGCAAGGAGUGCGCCACCGCGUUUCCGGUCAUGUGUGAGGUGCUGGGCAAUGAGGUUUUUGAGAAAAAUUUGUUGCAAAUAUUCAUGAAACUGUGCGAAGAUGAAAUUUGGACGGUGCGCAAGGCAUGCGCCGAGGUGAUGCCAUUCAUUGCGCUGCUGUGCACGCUGGAGAAGCGACGCAAAGUGUUAGUACCGGCGUACAAGAAGUUCAUGUUUGAUACUAGUCUGUGGGUGAUAAAGGCGGCGUUGAAAAAUCUUGGUCGCUUUCUGGCCACCUUCGCGCAACUGCAAAUCCUGGGCCUGGCUUACAACAACAGCCUCGAGUUGUCGAUCACGAACGCAGCCGACGAGGCAUUCCAGGAG